GUGGCAAUGGUGAGCUUUAAUGACCCUUUUAAUCAUUAAUCCCAUUGGGUCAAAUAGGUUUAUCUGCCUUGUACCUGAGAUACUGAAAUAACUUUGUUUUUAACUAUUGGAAUGGCCUGUAUUUGGAUUACAGGAGUGCCCUCUUCCUUUUUUCUUUGAAAAACAGUUGAACAGUUGGUCCGCACCCUAGAGCUGAGGGUCUGAGGCUGGAGCACCUGGACAAGCCGUCCACCUUGGUUGUUCCCUGCCAAUCCAUGAAACAGCAGAGAGACACGCACACGUGCAAUACAAUACUUAGGAUUCUUACAGUCUUUGGUUGUUUCGCCGUACAUGAGCAGGUUGAUGUGCUGGGGCAACUGCACAAAGACAUUAUACUGCCAUGUACAUUUACACCAGGGGAAGAUGUAGUUAUUCACUGGUAUAAACCCAACAAUCACAAACAGUUUCUGCAUAUUUAUAUCAAUGGCAAAGACCAAUUGGAAAAGCAGGAUAAUACUUACAAAGGGAGGACAGAAUUAUUUUCAAGUGAAAUAAACAAUGGAAAUGCUUCUCUCCUAUUAAGAAAUAUUCAAGAAUCUGAUGCAAAUCAGUAUGUCUGUUAUGUGGGGACAUACACAGACAAAACUGAAGCUAUUGUGAAGUUAAAUGUUGCAGCUUUUGAAGAAAACUCUAUGGAAUAUGAUGCACAGAAAGACAGUAUUCGGUGCUAUACAAGGAAAGCUACUCCAGCGGGUUCAGUCACAAUAACAUGGAAUACAGACAAAGAUGUUGGUAAACCAGAACAGACUACCGACAGUUCUUUGGAAAUAAACUCUUCCAGUAUUCUACAAUGCAUAAUUCACCACUCUGUCCUGAAAAUUAGCUGGACAGGAAAAUGGGAAAAAAAGGCUUCUAAUGCAACUGAACAAGAAAGUGUUAAACUUGGAUGUGACCAAAGCACAGAUUUAGGAUCUAAUUACUCGGUUACUUGGUCAAAGAAUAGCUCACAAGUAACUGAAAUAGCAUCAACAAAUAACUUAUCUGAGCCAUUUAAAAUUACUGAUUUCUAUAAAAACAGAGUCCAUCAGACUCCUGGCCAGCCAGUACUGACAUUACAGGAUCUCCACAAUGAGGAUAAUGGAGUCUAUCAGUGCACCAUCAAAACACAAAGCAGUAUUAGUAUUACUGUGAUUAAUCUCAGUAUUACACACUGUAAGUAUGUCCUACACUUAUCUGCCUAGCAACUGGUGAUUGUAUUUUAAAGAAACAAGGAAAUUGCAAUACAAAGUGAUGUAGACAAUUGCUUUAGUCUGUAUUAGUGUGAAUGCAGAAAGAGGUAUCCCUUUGUCUUGCUUUUUAUAUAUAUAUAUAUAUAUAUAUAUAUAUAUAUAUAUAUAUAUAUAUAUAUAUAUAUAUAUAUAUAUUUAUGGAGAGAGAGAGAAAGCAUAAUGUGCCCCCUGAUGUAAAAUAUAAGGAUAUUUUCAGUCCAUGGGUACAUUAUUUAUGAUGACCCACAAGUUUACAAGUUUCAGUAAAUCAUGUGAUGGAAAUUGCACCACUAAGCACUGAUUAUAACAAGCACUGUUUAUAAGGACACAAUUUACAGGAGAACGCAGGACAAAAAGCCCAUGUGUAAGGGUGUGUAAGGGUCCUUAAAACCUAGCUAUUAAAAUGUCCUUAUACCAAUAAACUGGAGCUUUAUAAGAAUAAAUUUAGCCAUUACUAAAUUUAGCAAGGUUGUUAUCAUAAUUAGCUAGUGGCCCUUGCUGUCAGGAGCAGUAUAAGCCUGUAAUUGAGCAUUACAUAUUUAUGAAGUUUUUUAAUUAGGCGUGAAAUGUAUUCCUUAUUAUAUCAUAUAUACCACACAUCACUAUUCCCAGUGAGCUUGUAUGCAAGUACCACAUGAUAAGGUUACCAAAUUAUGAAAGUGAAAUUGGGGGCAAACAAAAGUGCACUGCCAGCAGCACCAAGAUUUUGCCAAGCUUACACCUCUUUGCCACUCAAUUUAAAGCCACAUUCAACACCACAGUCCUACAAACUGGUUUGUCCCUGAAGUAGAACACAUUUAGGGCUACAUUCAUCAAAUCACGAGUUUGAAUCCCGAGUGGGAAAAAUUCGGAUUGGAUACAAUAAUUUCUGAAGAUCGCAAAUAUCACCAAAAUGCUUAUGAAAAAAUCGUAUUGUCACGAUAAUAUUGUAUUGGCGAUCCGAAAUUUUCGUACCGAAUGAUUUUAAACAGCGGGAAAACCUUUCCGACUUUGAUCCUUCUGUGCAUGAUUUUGGAAGCCUCCCAUAGGAAUCAAUGGCACUCUGCAGCUCCAACCUGGCCCAAGGAAAGUCACGAUAACGAAGCUUGAAUGAAUCUUGGUACGAAAUUGUUGCGCAAAAUACGCUCGGAGCGUUCGUGCAUUAAUAAAUGUCCCCUUUAGUGUUCAAAACGUUGGAUUAAUAAGGAUUUUUUGUUCUUUUUUAAAGUCCCUGUGUGUGCGGCACUCUGUUCUUCAUUUAAAUAUAUAUGUGUAUAUAAAUAUAUAUAUAAAUGUAAAUAUAUAUAUAUAUACUGCCUUGAGCCAUAAAUAACCUGUGAUGGAUUUCUUCUGAGUGCAGGACGAAACACAGCCCAUUUGACGUAUUUACACAAAUCAUGUCGCAUUCCACCUGCAUUUGGUGCCUUGAUGCACCUGUGUGAGUAUGGCGAGAUAAGGAUAAAUGGCCUGUGUUUCCUGUGUGAGGGCUCUUAUACUGAUUAUUCUUGAUUUGCUUGGGUUUUUGCCAAUUUAGAGGGCACCUAUCUAUGCUGAUUAUUUUAUGCGGCUUUAAAUGUGUAUACCAUUUUCUUUCAGAUCCAAAUGUGAAUAAUCGACAUCAUUACUUCUUCUUUGCUGCUUUAGUUAUUAUUCUUCUAUUAAGCUUUGGAUUCAUAUUUUGUGCAAAAAACAUGAAACAGGGUCGUGAAACACACGUGUGCCACUAUAUUCCACCCCAAUAAGAGGAGAGCAUCAAGCAGCAACUCACUACACAUUUUGGAUUGCUUCCAUCAUAAAUGGAUACAAAGCAAUCCAGGCGGCUCAUUGCUGUGGGACUGAGGAGUAAAGCCCUGAAAGAACAAAUUAAAAGACAAUAAAGUAAAAAAAAUACCUGGGGUGUCAAUCUGUUAGAACAAGAUUGAAGUUAAUAACUUCUUACCACACAUCAAUAUGACUCUUCUUUAAUACAACAAACCAUCCCAGGGUACCUUGCUGCAGAGCAUAGUGUCACCGUCCUUUCUUUGCUCCUUGGGUACCUUGCAGCUUGAGCAUUUCAGUAAAGCUUCUAAGAAGAACUGUGCAUGUACCCAGCGCACCUGGUAUACACAGGGAGAAGUUGGUAGCGGACUUGGCAACUGUUGACUGUAUUGCUGACUCAUUGUCUGAUAACUGGGGCAAAAACUAUGGCCUCUCCAAUCAACAGCAGGGUUUAUUUGGACAUUUAUGAAAAAGCCUUGACUGUAUAAUAUAGGGGAUGGAUAAACACAGGACCUCCUGUGUGAUGGAACUGUUUGCCUGGCUAUAUUCUUCAGUGGGGGCAACAGGCGCCUUUUAUUAGGUAUAAUAUUUUGUACUAAGCACUUAUAUACCAACAUGAAUCACUUUCCUUAACCUUGUUACUUGCGAUGGUAAAGUAAUGAGGACUCAUUUACAAAGCAAGUGCAAGUUGUACCAUUUUUUUUACCCACAAUGAAGUACUAUUCCUCAGAGUGACACCUGACAUGUUGCAUGCACUAAAACUUAGGUGUGAUUCACUGUUGAAGAUAUAAACUAUGUGUGUUCAUUGUGUCUGUGUGGUUCCAAAUUGUGUUAGCAUGCGAUUCAAAAGGUGCAAGGUAGAUAUAAGAUACAUAUAAUUUACAUAUAAAUUCCAGGGUGCCCUUGAAUCCAUGCCUCCUAUAUUUAGCACCUUAUUUAGCCCUUAGAUGUUAGGUGCAAGUAUUUUUGCGAUUGUGAUUUGUGUUUUACUGAUGGCAGUUUGGUGCUUUGUACUGUACCUUGGGUUGGUAAAUGAGCCCUAUAAGUAUCAAUAAACUCAGGGAAUCAAAAACGUGGGGGUUAUUUAUCAACAUUCAAAUUAAAUUUUUUUCUGCAAUUCAAGUUUUUUGUGCUAAAAGCUUGUGUGUUCAUGUAGAAGUCAAUGGGAGUUGUACGAGGCAACGUCAAGCUGCGAUAUUUAUGUUUUUUUAAGUUAAUUCAAGUUUUUUAACUCAAAAUUUUGAGGUAUUCAAGUUAUUUUAUUGGAAUGAGUUUACCCAUAUUAACAAAUAAGGGAGCAUUCCAGUUUUUUUUACAAUGCAAGUUUAUUCAAAUUAGAAAAAACUCUUGAAUUCAUAAACUUGAAAAUUCAUAAAGAAGCCCAAUAAUCUGCAACAUAAACAAAGGGACACUAUUGUGAUUUUUCUUGAAGUGAUUAAUGGCUUAUGCUUACUUAUUCUCUCUAGCAUUCUACAAAUGAAGGAGACUUUUUGAUUGAUAAUGGAACAUGUCAGUUACAUUAAUCCGAAUUACAUUUACACACCCUUUAGUAGUGCUGCAUUAUUUUCUGUUAAACUUGAGGUUUAAUGUGAAUUGCCACAAGUUUCAGACACUGUCACAUGUAUUUCCAGCACACAGAUGUGCUAUAUUUGUGGCAAUUCAAAUUGUGUACACUGGGAAGUGGAGACAAUUCCAUACACUUUGUUGCUACUACCUUUCCACAGUGUAUGUACUAAAUGCUAACAAAUCCACUGGUGUGACAAUUACCCUUAGGCAUAUGACACACAUUGAUCAACCAAUAACUUACACUACUGUUCUAAUGGUGGUCCAAGGGCCAAUCUAUUAGAUGGGGCCACUUUGGCCUACCACAGAGCCAAAGAUCCUACUUCUGAACAAACAAGCAGAUCUUUUUGUGUGUAGCCAGAUCAAAGUGAAGGUAACUCUAAUUUCUGGCAUCCUUCUCUUCUGGCAGAAAAAAAUAUGAAUUUGCCCAGGGAACUCUAUGGCAGCCUAACAAUACCGUCCCACCUGAUUCAGGUCUUUGUAACCAAAGCAAAAUCUAAAUCCGGAAACCAAAACCUGGUGAGCUUCUAUAGAAGACAAUGGAUCAAAUAUGUAAUAGUGAACAGAACAAUGUGAUUUUUGUUGUGGAUUACUUUGUUUUUUGCAAAUGAAUGUGAUUUAAAAAAAAGAAAGUACUGAUUACAAAAAAAAUUGGUAAAGGAAGGCAUAGGAUUUUAUUUAGUUAGAUUUAUGGACUAGUUUCUCCAUUCUGUACAAUAAAUAACACUCUGAGUCAGUUACCUCAUUUUCAAUAAAAAGUAUAUAUUUG